CGUUACCCCCCCUCCCCCCCCUCUCUCUCCAGAUUUACACAAAUUUCAAAUCUCUCUCUCUCUCUCUCUCUGUAAGCCCCAGUCUCUCUGCUUAAAUCUCUCUCCCUAUUUGCUCAACUCUCUCUCUCUCUCACUAUUGAUUACUGAUGCUAUGAAUGUCCGACGACCUGGUCAGACCCGGCCCGACCCGAACCCGCCCCAACCCUACAACAUCAUCCCCAUCCACGACCUACUAGCUGACCACCCCUCUCUCCGCUUCCCCGAAGUACGCGCCGCCGCCGCCGCCCUACGCGCCGUCGGAGACCUCCGCAAACCUCCCUUUGCGCCAUGGCUCCCCCACAUGGACCUCCUCGACUGGCUCGGCGCUUUUUUCGGCUUCCAAAACGACAACGUUCGCAACCAGCGCGAGCACAUAGUCCUUCACUUGGCCAACGCUCAGAUGCGCCUGACCCCACCCCCCGACAAUAUCGAUUCACUGGACCCCACUGUGCUCCGACGUUUUCGCCGGAAAUUGCUCAAGAACUACUCUGAUUGGUGCUCGUUUCUUGGGCGGAAGCCAAACAUCUGGAUCUCCGAUAGCUCCCGUGGGGCCCACUCCGAUCAAAGGCGCGAGCUUUUGUAUGUAUCUCUCUACUUGCUUAUUUGGGGCGAGUCUGCGAAUUUGAGAUUUAUGCCAGAAUGUAUUUGUUUUAUUUUUCAUAAUUUGAGUAUGGAGCUUAAUAAGAUUCUUGAGGAUUACAUUGAUGAGAAUACGGGGAGGCCGAUUUUGCCUAGUGUGUCGGGGGAGAAUGCGUUCUUGAUAAAGAUUGUUACGCCUAUUUAUGAUACGAUUAAGGCUGAGGUAGAGAAUAGUAGGAAUGGGACUGCCCCUCAUUCGAAUUGGAGGAAUUAUGAUGAUAUCAAUGAGUACUUUUGGAGUAGGAGGUGUUUCGAUAAGUUGAAUUGGCCACUUGAUCGGGGGAGUAAUUUUUUUGUGGCAGAUGUUAGGGGUGGGAAGAGGGUAGGGAAGACGGGGUUUGUGGAGCAGAGGUCAUUUUGGAAUUUGUUUAGGAGUUUCGAUAAGCUUUGGAUUAUGUUGAUUUUGUUUCUUCAGGCUGCGAUUAUUGUGGCGUGGGAGGAGAGGGAGUAUCCGUGGCAGGCAUUGGAGGAGAGGAGUGUUCAGGUUACGCUUUUGACUGUGUUUAUUACGUGGAGUGGGUUGAGGUUCUUGCAGUCAAUUCUUGAUGCUGGAAUGCAGUAUAGUUUAGUUACGAGGGAGACUAUGGGGCUUGGUGUGAGGAUGGUGUUGAAGAGUGUUGUUGCUGCUAUAUGGAUUCUAAUCUUUGGUGUUUUCUAUGGGAGGAUAGUGAAGGAGAAGAAUAAAUAUGGGAAAUGGGAAAAACAUGAGGUGAACAAUCAGGUGGUUACUUUUCUUGAGAUUGCAUUAGUAUAUGUCAUCCCGGAACUUCUGGCACUUUCGCUUUUUAUAGUACCGUGGAUCAGAAAUUUCAUCGAGAAUCGAAAUUGGAGGAUCUUUUACGUGUUGUCAUGGUGGUUUCAGAGCCGGUCAUUUGUGGGGAGAGGCCUUAGAGAAGGACUUAUGGACAAUGUGAAGUAUACUUUGUUCUGGAUUGUUGUCCUUGCCACAAAAUUUUGCUUCAGUUACUUUUUGCAGAUCAAACCGAUGGUUAACCCGACACAGGCCUUACUGGAUAUGAAAGAUGUGACUUAUGAGUGGCACCAGUUCUUUGGGAAAAGCAACAGAUUUGCUGUUGGAAUAUUGUGGCUUCCAGUGGUGUUAAUAUACUUAAUGGAUAUACAGAUUUGGUACUCCAUAUACUCGUCAUUUGUUGGUGCAGGAGUUGGGUUGUUCCAGCACUUGGGCGAGAUCCGAAACAUGCAGCAGUUGAGAUUAAGAUUCCAAUUCUUUGCUAGUGCGAUUCAGUUCAAUCUCAUGCCUGAGGAACAACUAUUGAAUGCCAGGGGAAGUCUCAAGAGCAAGUUUCGGGAUGCAAUUAACAGGUUGAAGCUAAGGUAUGGCCUUGGCCGACCCUUUAAGAAGCUUGAAUCGAGCCAGGUAGAAGCAAACAAAUUUGCAUUGAUAUGGAACGAGAUAAUCUUGACAUUUAGGGAAGAAGAUAUCUUAAGUGAUAAGGAGGUGGAGUUGUUGGAGUUGCCACAGGAUACCUGGAAUGUUAGGGUCAUUCGAUGGCCAUGUUUGCUUCUCUGCAAUGAGCUGCUUCUCGCUCUAAGCCAAGCCAAGGAGUUAGUAGAUGCUCCUGAUAAGUGGCUCUGGUACAAAAUUUGCAAGUAUGAGUACAGGCGUUGUGCUGUCAUUGAAACUUAUGACUGUGUUAAGCACUUGUUGCUGCAUAUUAUUAAAUAUGACGUGGAGGAACAUUCUAUUGUUACGGUCUUAUUUCAAGAAAUUGAUCACUCGUUGCAGAAUGAAAAGUUUACAAAAACAUUCAAUCUGAAGGCACUUCCCCGGAUUCAUGCAAAGCUGAUCAUCCUCCUCGACCUGAUAAUCAAGCCUACUAAAGAUGUCAACAAGAUUGUGAACAUUCUGCAGGCCCUGUAUGAGACUGCUAUUCGAGAUUUUUUUAAAGAAAAAAGGAAUGCAGAUCAGCUGAGGGAGGAUGGUUUGGCUCCAAGAAGGGCAGUUUCGGGUGACAGGUUGCUAUUUGAGAAUGCUAUUGAAUUGCCAGAUACAGAUCAUGAAACUUUUUACCGGCAAGCUCGACGCCUUCACACUAUUCUGACAUCUCGGGAUUCGAUGAAUAACGUCCCGAAAAAUCUAGAGGCUAGACGUCGUAUUGCCUUUUUCAGUAACUCAUUGUUUAUGAACAUGCCUCAUGCUCCCCAAGUCGAGAAAAUGAUGGCUUUCAGUGUUUUGACCCCGUAUUACAAUGAAGAAGUGCUAUAUAGUAAGGAAAACCUUCGAACUGAAAAUGAAGAUGGUAUUUCCACCUUGUAUUACUUGCAGACAAUUUAUGCUGAUGAAUGGGAGAAUUUCUUGGAGAGAAUGCGACGAGAAGGUUUGGCUAAAAAUGGUGAGAUAUGGACUGACAAGCUCAGAGACCUGCGCCUUUGGGCGUCAUACCGAGGCCAGACACUGGCCCGUACUGUGAGGGGAAUGAUGUAUUACUAUCGUGCUCUCAAAAUGCUCGCUUUUCUGGAUUCUGCUUCAGAGAUGGAUAUCAGGGAAGGGUCGCGGGAACUUGCUUCGAUGGGGCGUAGCCGUAGCUUAGAUAGUUUCAACUCAGAAAGGUCGCAAUCUGCAAGAAGCCUGAGUAGGGCAGACAGUACAGUUAACUUGUUGUUUAAAGGCCAUGAGUAUGGUACUGCUCUGAUGAAAUACACCUAUGUGGUUGCCUGCCAGAUAUAUGGGACCCAAAAGGCGAAGAAGGACCCCCAUGCUGAAGAUAUAUUGUAUCUGAUGAAAAACAACGAGGCUCUUCGGGUUGCUUAUGUCGACGUGGUUCCCUCAGGGAGGCCUGAUCCGGAUUAUUACUCUGUUUUGGUAAAAUAUGACCAACAGUUGGAGAAGGAAGUGGAGAUAUAUAGAGUUAAGUUACCUGGUCCAUUAAAGCUUGGGGAGGGAAAGCCAGAGAAUCAAAACCAUGCUCUUAUCUUUACUAGAGGAGAUGCAGUUCAGACCAUUGAUAUGAACCAGGACAGCUAUUUCGAGGAGGCACUUAAAAUGCGAAAUCUUCUGGAGGAGUACAGGCACUAUUAUGGUUUGAGAAAGCCGACUAUUUUGGGAGUCCGGGAACACAUAUUUACUGGUUCUGUCUCCUCGCUUGCUUGGUUUAUGUCAGCCCAGGAGACUAGUUUUGUCACAUUGGGACAACGUGUUUUGGCGAACCCCCUUAAAAUACGCAUGCACUAUGGUCAUCCGGAUGUAUUUGAUAGAUUCUGGUUCUUAACUAGGGGAGGAAUAAGCAAAGCGUCAAGGGUGAUCAAUAUCAGUGAGGACAUAUUUGCAGGCUUCAGCUGCACAUUGCGAGGUGGGAAUGUUACUCAUCAUGAAUACGUGCAAGUUGGCAAGGGGAGGGAUGUUGGACUGAAUCAAAUUGCGAUGUUUGAAGCCAAAGUUGCUAGUGGAAAUGGGGAGCAGGUUCUUAGCAGAGAGGUCUAUAGGUUGGGACAUAGGCUGGAUUUUUUCAGAAUGCUAUCAUUUUUCUACACUACUGUAGGGUUUUUCCUGAGUACAACAAUGAUCAUCCUCACUGUUUAUGCAUUCCUGUGGGGUCGGCUUUAUCUUGCUUUAAGUGGGAUUGAGAGUUCUAAUGCAGCAGAUGAUGCUGCGGACAAUAAAGCACUUGGUGCUAUAUUAAACCAACAGUUCAUUCUCCAACUUGGCCUGUUCACUGCGUUGCCAAUGAUAGUAGAAAAUUCUUUGGAGCAUGGUUUUCUUUCAGCAAUUUGGGAUUUUAUAACUAUGCAACUUCAGCUGUCAUCUGUAUUUUUCACAUUUUCCAUGGGAACUCGGGCUCACUAUUUUGGCCGAACUAUUCUUCAUGGUGGUGCAAAGUACAGGGCAACUGGUCGUGGUUUCGUGGUGGAGCACAAAAGCUUUGCUGAAAACUAUAGACUUUAUGCGCGUAGCCACUUUGUAAAGGCUAUUGAGCUUGGGCUGAUACUUGUAGUGUAUGCCUCUUACAGUGCUGUAGCUAAAGGAACUUUUGUUUACAUUGCGUUGACCAUCUCAAGUUGGUUCCUAGUGAUUUCAUGGAUGAUGGCCCCUUUCUUGUUCAAUCCAUCUGGUUUUGAUUGGUUGAAAACGGUGUAUGACUUUGAUGAUUUCAUGAACUGGAUAUGGUUCCGCGGUGGUGUGUUUGCUAAAGCUGAUCAGGGCUGGGAAAGAUGGUGGUAUGAGGAGCAGGAUCACUUGAGAACAACAGGUCUUUGGGGAAAAUUUCUGGAAAUUAUUUUGGACCUGCGGUUUUUCUUUUUUCAGUAUGGGAUUGUAUACCAACUUGGUAUUUCUGAUGGGAGCAACAGCAUAUUUGUUUACUUGCUUUCGUGGAUCUAUGUGGGCAUGGCACUUGCAGUUUACUCUACUGUAGCUUAUGCUCGGGAUAAAUAUGCUGCAAGAGAACAUAUCUAUUAUCGAUUGGUUCAGUUUCUCCUUAUAAUCAUUUUUGUGCUUGUGAUCAUUGCCUUGCUCCAGUUCACCGAGUUCAAAUUUGUGGAUAUUUUCACUAGUCUGUUGGCAUUUUUACCCACAGGUUGGGGUUUUAUUUCGAUAGCUCAAGUGUUGCGACCCUUUUUGGAGAAUACUAUGAUUUGGGAAACUGUUGUUUCUGUUGCUCGCUUGUAUGAUAUAUUGUUUGGAGUGAUUGUUAUGACCCCUGUGGCGGUGCUAUCAUGGUUGCCUGGAUUCCAGUCUAUGCAAACAAGGAUUUUAUUUAAUGAAGCAUUUAGUAGGGGAUUGCAGAUAACCAAGAUCGUGACAGGAAAAAAAUCUUCUGAUAUGUGAUUUGAGGCUGAAAUCUGGCAUUGAGGUGGAGAGGCUGUUUGACCAUAUGUUCUUUUAUUGUGUAGAGAUUGAGAUUUGUACAGAGCAGAGGUAACAACAUUAAAGAAAUCAUCAUAUUUUGGAUUUGCAAAGCUGAGGUGUAAUAUGAGACCACUGUUUAAAUUUAGAUUUUCCCUCUAAUCCUGUUAUUCUUUUUAAUAUAGAAAAUUCAGUAUGCUGUUUCAGAAGCUUCA